AUGGCGGACAAGAUGGACCGUAGUCUCGACGAGAUCCUCGCUGAAAAGAAAAGCGACGGUCCUCGCAACAACCGCAGAGGCGGUGGCGGCGGUGGCGGUGGUGGUCCUCGAAGGCGCGAACGCGAACGUCAAGAAUACCCUCGUGAUGGCGUCAGAAAGUCGUUCCGUGACGAGUCCAGAAACCUCGAUAGUGAAUGGGUCCACGAUCGUUUCGAAGAACACGAUUCUCGCCGCGGCCCGGCCAACCGACGAAGACGCGACGAGCCUGAUCACAGAGAUGCUAGCAGCUCAAAGCUACGCGUCGAGAAUAUACACUAUGAGCUGACGUCUGAGGACCUCGAGGAGCUGUUCAACAGAAUUGGACCCGUGGUUAAGGUGGACCUGAAGUACGACCGCGCCGGACGGUCCGAGGGUGUUGCGUUUGUCACGAUGCAAUCUCGCGAAGACGCUCAGGAAGCGAUCAAGGAGUUUGAUGGUGCCAACGCCAAUGGACAACCUAUCAAAUUGUCUUUUGUGGGAGGCGGGCACGGCGGUCGAUCUCGCAAUCCUUUCGACUCGGCGGUCAUGCCUGGCCGUCCCCUCUCCGAGCGCAUCUCUGCACCCGGAGGCAGAUCAAGGUCAUUGUCUCCCGGUCGCAAGUACGACGUCGACGACGCUGCGAGCAAGGGAAUCGAUAGAUACGUCCCGGGAACCCGCUCGCGUAGCCCCAUGCCGCGUCGACGUGGCGGCGGCGGCGGCGGUGGCGGACGCAGACCGGGUGCCCGCAGAGAGGGACAACGAGACCAGGAAGGUGGUCGUGGUGGAGGUGGUGGAGGCGGUAGGAACCGGACCCGUAAGACGCAGGAGGAGCUCGAUGCCGAGAUGGCGGACUACUUCGGCGGAGGAAACUCCGAGGAGACUGCGCCUCAGGCCAACGGUGGCGCGAAUGCUGCAGCCGCGACUGCAGCCCCCAACGACGAUAUCGACAUGAUUGAGUGA